UCCCUUGCCCUAAGCCUGCCUUUCCCUCUCUGCCCCUCAGUUGGCGCCUUUGGCCAUCCUAUUUUUCCUUUUUUUUCCCCCAAGCCUGUUUUGGGGGCUGCAACCGGUCGGCGGCUCGCGGGUCACAUGGCCCGCCGGAGCGCGGGGAGAGGGGGUGCGGCUGUGGGGAUCGGGCAAUGGCGCCUCCUUGAAGAUGAGGCCGGCGAGUCCGGGCGACACCGGCUAGAAGUUGACCUAUCGGUGAGUGGUACAUCCAGAACUGGGGCCAGAUCUUUUGUUUUCAAACUUAUUGCUCAUUCUGGUGGUCAGAAGCCCAGUUAGGAGCCUGUUGCAAUCAGCUGGCCUAGAGGUCUUCAAAAUUGGCCUGCUUCUUUCACGUUCAACUGAAUCUUCACUACUUCUUUCUGCUCUGUGGGAGGAGUAUACUCGCCUCCUCGUUGCUGUGGUCAGUGGAUGCUGAUGCUGUUAGAGGGGAGGAAUCCAAGGUGUGGAGCAAUGAAUUGACCUCUCGGAUGUCUGAGUUUCCUGGGGCUGCUGUAACAAAAUUCCACAAAUUGAGUGGAAUCAUCUCACAGGACUGGAGGCUUUGCAUGUGAUCAUUUUGGCCUGAGUCACAUGAUGGUUUGUUCAUGGGACCAGACGUGAUCAGAAGCGGACCUCAUGAGCACUUCCACGUCCCCUGCUGCCAUGCUCCUCCGGAGGCUGAGGAGACUCUCCUGGGGCAGCACUGCUGUCCAGCUCUUCAUCCUGACAGUGGUGACGUUUGGCCUCCUGGCCCCUCUGGCCUGUCACCGCCUCCUGCACUCCUACUUCUACCUGCGCCAUUGGCAUCUGAACCAAAUGAGCCAAGAGUUCCUGCAGCAGAGUUUGAAGGAAGGGGAGGCUGCCCUUCACUACUUUGAGGAGCUGCCCUCCGCCAAUGGGUCGGUGCCCAUCGUCUGGCAGGCCACUCCCCGCCCCUGGCUGGUCAUCACCAUCAUCACCGUGGACAGGCAGCCCGGCUUCCACUACGUCUUGCAGGUGGUGUCCCAGUUCCACAGGCUGCUCCAACAGUGCGGCCCCCAGUGUGAGGGCCACCAGCUCUUCCUGUGCAACGUGGAGCGGAGCGUGAGCCAUUUCGACGCCAAGCUGCUGUCCAAGUACGUCCCUGUGGCCAACCGCUAUGAGGGUACUGAGGAUGAUUACGGCGAUGACCCGUCCACCAACUCCUUUGAGAAAGAGAAGCAGGACUAUGCCUACUGCCUGGAGUCGUCCCUGCAGACCUACAACCCAGACUACGUCCUGAUGGUGGAAGAUGACGCUGUCCCGGAAGAGCAGAUCUUUCCCGUCUUGGAGCACCUUCUGCGCGCUCGCCUCUCCGAGCCGCACCUCAGAGAUGCCCUUUAUCUGAAGCUCUAUCAUCCCGAGAGGCUCCAGCACUACAUCAACCCGGAGCCCAUGCGGAUCCUGGAGUGGGUCGGCGUGGGCAUGUUGCUGGGGCCCCUGCUGACCUGGGUGUACAUGCGGUUUGCCGGCCGCCCGGGCUUCAGCUGGCCCGUCAUGCUCUUCUUCUCCCUGUACAGCAUGGGUCUUGUCGAGCUGGUGGGGCGCCACUACUUCCUGGAACUGCGGCGCCUGAGUCCCUCCCUGUACAACGUGGUCCCUGCCUCAGAGUGCUGCACGCCAGCCAUGCUCUUCCCUGCCCCGGCGGCCCGCCGGACCCUCACCUACCUGUCGCAGGUGUACUGCCACAAUGGCUUUGGCAAGGACAUGGCGCUCUACUCGCUGCUGAGGGCCAAGGGGGAGCGGGCCUACGUGGUGGAGCCGAACCUCGUGAAGCACGUUGGGCUGUUCUCCAGCCUCCGCUACAACUUUCAUCCCCGUCUGCUCUAACAUGCCAAGAAAUGCCUUUCCAAAAUCGGCCACCCCCUCUAGACUCCAGUAUGCAGCUCUUUAUUUGGACAUGUUGGCUGGCAGAUAUUUCGUUGUGUAAUGUUGCUUGGGAUCUAGGCACUGAGACAGCUGAGGAGCAUAAAAGUCAAGGACCUUGGCUUUAGUACCCCCACCCCCAGCCCCAGCCCCGGCAGGAGCAGGGGUCCAGGCCUGUCCCCCCACACAGCCACACUGCCUCACGCAGUCUGACCCACCCAGUGAGGGUGCAAUUAAAUGCCAGAUACAUCCUCCAGUUAUUUCUAGCUCUGCUUUAUGGUAGAGCUUAUGACUGCCAAAAACCUUGUGCACAGUGAUAUGACUGCUUUAGGAUGUUAAGGAUAGAAUUUGGCAAAAGGCAAGAUCCUUUUGAGUUGGUUUCUUUCCCAGUUUGAGAAUGGAUGUAUGUUUAGAAUAUGUGCCCAAAGAGGCAGUUCUGUGUUGAUAAAUUCUGUUGGUUUCCUUGACCUGCUAUAGUAAAAAACUCUGAAGUGCCCAGAUCUUGAAGGCAGAUGAUCUGGCCUCUGUUACUGACAUUUUCUUUUCCCACAUAUUGAUUAUCUCAUGAUAAUCAGUAUUAUUAUGAGACCACCGAGGCACAACAAGAUCUGGAAGUGCCUUCUGAACCCUCAGAGUCAGAUUGCCUAUAUUCAGCAGUGAUUUAUUAUUGAAUAUUUCUCUCAUUUUCCAGUUCUUUGCAAACUGGACAUUUCAGCAUGAUGGAGAGUGAGUGAGCUCUUUGCUAAUAGCAUAUCCAUUUCCUUAACUUUGCUGGCCAACAAUUCACCCCUGUUUCUUUUUAUUGUAGAAAGCAUGAUUUUAUAGAAGAAAGAGCAUGGACCGGGAAGUCAGAAAACCUGAAUUUUAAUUUCAGGCCUGCCAGGUCCUAGAGGGCAAGUCAGACAGCUGCUCUGGGUCUCAGUUUCUUCGCCUGUAAAAUGGGGACAGUACCGCUAACUUUUUAGAGUUGCCUUGAGCAUUAACCGAGAGAAUGUCCUUAAAACACCUCACUAGUGCUUUGCCUGUAAAGGAUACAUGGCAAAUGUUAGUUUUUUUCUCUCCUAUAAUAAGCAUAUAAAAUCCCAAGUGUAUUUUAUACAAAGAUGUGAGUGAUGUUUAAAGUAUGAGAUAGGGCACAGGGCUGACCCUUCUUCAGUAGCUCUUUCAGACCAAGCACUGCUAAAAUAAAGAUUGACUUUUCAUUGUGACUUCUGGACAGGCAGCUCUGCUUUCACCUAGCCCCACCUUCACACCAUGCCAAAAAUAAGAAUUGUUCAUUCAAACAAGAUAUGAUCUGAAGCUCUCCUUGAGCUUAUUCCAAGACAAGCAGCACCUGAAAAUUACUUUUCUUCAAAGUCACAAGUAAAUGUCCUGUAAUGAUUCUUAUCAAACCGGUGACCAGCAAGUCCCUUAUGAGGUUGGACGAUUCUAUUAGAGAGUUCAAGCAGUUUUCCAGUUUGUUUCAAUGCCACAUCUUCCAUUUGCCUUUAAAUUUUCAUCUUGGAAGGCACCCAAGAACACUGAGGGAGUUUAAAUGGGGGGUUUAAUCACCCCUGUUUUAUGGAUGAAGGAAUUGAGACCUGGAGAAGUUAACUGACUCCUCCAGGUUCACACAGCUGGACAGCAACAAGGCCAGGACUGAAGUGUAGCUCUUCUGACUCCCAGCUCCUGCUCUUUUUCCUUAACCACAUUCAUUUUAUAAAUAUCUUUGUGGUCAAGGUCUCCUUUGUAAAAUCUAAUUGUAACCUGGAGUAAAUAUUGUCUCUGUAAGCUGAGAUGGUAGAAGCUCACUGUUGUGUGGUCCUGGGGAACAGGUGGGUCUGAAUAUGUGCUGUGUGGCUACAGGGCACUGUUUCACAUCCCUCAGCAAUGUCUCAAGUGAUCAGAGCUACUAGCUGACUUAGCAGGAUAUUCAGAUCAUACUUCCACUCCUUUCCUUCUCUCCCAGUCACUGGCCCACCCCAGGUUUCAGAACUGAGCUUAUUAGAUUUUGCUGCAUUUAUGACGGGCUGUCCUCCUAAAGGUGUUCUGACCACUGACAGGAGAGCCACCUCUAAGCUAGUCAGGCCCAAGAUAAUAGGGAAUCACUGCUGGUGUAGAUUCCUGUUCUUUCUAAGAUUGCAUGCAGCUCUCUCCUCCCCUCGCCCCUCUGGUGGCUAAACGUCAUUUUUUCCUUGUCCCAUUUCUCUACCUAGGAACUGAGAUGUCUCCCCCAUUUUUAAAAAGUUAAGUCUGCCAUCCUUUGACAUUGUCUCCAGAUACAGGCACAGUUCUGCCCUUUAUCUUCCCCCCACUUCUUCCUUUUGUCCCUCAUUCCUAGUGUCUAAUUUUUGUAUGUUGUCUUGGGCAGCUUAGAGCUUUAGACCAAAGCUGAAGUUUCUCUUCGUUUAAUCCUAAACAAGGGGACUGGAGGGGAACUAAGGACCCCUCCCCAUAUCGAGGGACAGAGACUCCCGGGCGGGCUAAAUCUCUAACAGUCCUGCUUACCUUUCCAAGUUUAAAUUAUUGUCAGGCCUGAGACUCUCCUUAUUGUGUCUGGCUGUAUUUUCAUAGACGUAUCAGUUCAAAUAAAAGCACCUGUUCCACUGAGA